AUGUUCACUAAAAUUUUUGCUCUUGCCCUCUGUGCGCGACGUCUAUAUGCCAUUCCCGCAGCGAGCACGUCGGUCUCGCAAAUAUCAGUCACGACUUCCAUCGCAAGCCCAACAGCUUCGUUGAGUGCUUCGAUACCUUCCCAGUACCCUUUACCUCCAGUACAAGACUGGUGUCCAUCUCAAAUUUUCUGUGCUGGCGCUGUCCUGCAAACGGUGAACGAUGCCGGCCUAUGGACAGAUCCCAAAACUUUUGUGGACAAGCCAACCAGCAACUCCUCCGCGAACGUUUUGGCCAACUUUCAACAGCUUCAAACUCAGGACAUCACGGAGGGUGAUGUUGAACAAUUCGUCGACACGAAUUUUGGCGGAGAAGGACUUGAGCUCGAAGCUCUAGUGUUAUCCGACUUUCCUCAAAACCCGGGCUUCCUUGGGAAUGUCACAGAUCCAUUGCUCAAGGCUUGGUCCCAGACUGUGCACGGUUAUUGGUCUCAGUUGAUCAGAUCCACGAAUGCUUCUGCUCUCUGUCCUACCGGCUCUAGUGGAAGUUGCGAAAGUACAUUGAUAGCCUUAAAUCAUACCUUCGUUAUUCCAGGCGGUCGAUUCCGCGAGCAGUAUUACUGGGACAGUUAUUGGAUCAUCGAAGGUCUGCUCCAGUCUGAACUUUACGACAUUGUUAAUUCUACGCUCCAAAACUUCAUGGACGAGCUAGAACUUUUUGGAUUCAUUCCCAACGGAGGACGCAUCUACUACCUAAAUCGAUCUCAACCUCCGCUUUUCAUCCAGAUGCUAUCACGCUACGUUACGGUUACAAAUGAUCAAUCUAUACUUGAACGUGCUCUGCCUCUCGCGGAGGUGAAGCUUCAAUGGUGGCAGAACAACCGCACCGUGAAUGUGACAAGUCCUUACACGAAUCAAACUUACGCGAUGGCACGCUACGCCGUCAAUAACACCGCUCCUCGUCCUGAAUCGUACCUAACCGAUUAUGAGACUGCCCAUGGAUCCGGUUUGAACCUUUCCACGUCUGAACUAUCAGAUUUGUACGCCGAAUUAGCCAGUGGUGCUGAGACGGGCUGGGAUUACUGCUCCAGAUAUCUUGCCUCUCCUGCUCCAGGUAACGGGGACCUUACCACUUUGGUUGUACGCGAGACCAUCCCUAUCGAUCUUAACAGUAUAUUGUACAAAAAUCACGUCCUUCUUGCUAACCUGUAUGGUUCCAACAGCACCGCUGCUAAUUCUCAUCUCAGCCAAGCCUCUUUGAUCCGGGAGGGGAUCCUUGAUCUAUUUUGGAAUUCAACAAAGCUUUCCUUCUACGAUUUCAGCCUUCGCACGAACUCGAGGAAUAAUGUCUUCUCAAGUGCCACAUGGUAUCCGUACUGGUCAGGGAUCAUCCCAGAUGAAGUCCUUAGUAAUGAAACGAAUGCUUUCAAGGCCUUUUCUGCGGUGAACAUGGUCUUGAAUCGUUACAAUGGUAGCUUCCCUACGACAUUCCUCGAAACCGGCUUGCAAUGGGAUAGCCCCAACAGUUGGCCGAACUUGAUAAUGAUUUUACUGUCCGCUCUCAAUGAACUUCCAUCCAAUAUCACCUCGACGUCCCUCUCUGCUCUCUCCGGAAACCAAUCCUCUUUCGACCUCGUACCUGCAGGCCAGCUCGACUUGGCCGAGUCCCAGCUCUUCGGCCAGCCGGUAAUGCCCGGAGUUAAUGCAAGCCAGACUGGCAGUUCUGCCGAUAUCAAUGCGCUGAAUGGAACAGUGGUAAAUGGCGGAAAUGCAACGGAUGGUGAGGGGUGGGGACGGGCACUCCAGAGAAUGGUGGCAAAUCGUUAUAUUGCGAGUGCAUUGUGUAGCUGGCAUGCUACAGGAGGGUCCAUCUCUGGUCUCCUUCCAAGGUUAUCAGAUGCUGAACUCAAUGUCACACAAAGUGUGAACAACACCGGAAAUAUGUUCGAGAAGUUUUCUACUACCGACAUCGACUCCUCCGGGAGCGGAGGUGAAUACACGGUUCAAGCCGGUUUCGGAUGGACUAACGGUGUCGCUUUGUGGAUUGCAAGCAAUUAUGGAGACGUCUUGGUCGCCCCUCAGUGUCCUGACGUGUUGGUCUCCGCUCAGAUUGUAGGAAGUAGUACUACCAGCACCUCUUCGCCCGCCCAACAAACGAGUGCCGCAUCGCCUCGAAGGUUCUCAGCUGGCGACGUGAUGUUUUGGUUUGGUCUCUUGGUGGUUGUGCAAAUAUUGCAAUGACAAGAAAACGGGUUUAUUCAAAGUUAUUGUUACUGGUCAGGGACCCCAUUGGCAUGUGUUUGUCUAACCAUCAAUUUCUCUGAUACUUUUAGCCAAUUUGUUAAAUCACAGUCA